GGGGCGGCCGGGCCGGCCCCACGCCCACCGCUCCGGGCAGCGCCCCGGUUCGGGGCUGCGGCGGCGGGGGCGGCGUCCCGGCCAGGCUGGGGCGAGGCGGCCGGGCCGGGGACCCGGGCGCCCUGACAACCCUCCCGGUGUCCCCGGUGUGCAGCGCCGCUCGUGCUCAGGAGUCAGAGCCGCGCUGCAGGUCUCGGGGCCUCUCCCGCGGAGCGGCUGCCGUCGGCCUCGCUGCCUGCACGGGCCCCGAGCGAGACGCUGCCGCCGGUCUCCCGGGUGCCGGGCCCAGGACAGAGAGGCCCAGAGCUGCCAUGACGACAGGCGACUGCUGCCACCUCCCUGGCUCCCUCUGCGACUGCCCGGGAAGCGCUGCCCUCUCCAAGUCGGUGGAGGAUUCGGACAUCGGCCGCCCACAGUACAUCACCCAGGUCACCGCCAAGGAUGGGCGGCUCCUCUCCACAGUCAUCAAGGCGCUGGGCGCCCAGAGUGAUGGUCCCAUCUGUCGAAUCUGUCAUGAAGGUGGAAAUGGGGAGGGACUGCUUUCCCCAUGUGACUGCACAGGAACACUGGGCACCGUGCACAAGAGCUGCCUGGAAAAAUGGUUAUCCUCCUCCAACACAAGUUACUGUGAACUCUGCCACACAGAAUUUGUUGUAGAAAGAAGACCAAGACCCUUGACAGAGUGGCUGAAGGACCCCGGGCCCCGCAAUGAGAAGAGGACCCUGUUCUGUGACAUGGUGUGUUUCCUGUUCAUCACUCCGCUGGCGGCCAUCUCAGGCUGGCUGUGUCUGCGUGGGGCCCAGGACCACUUGCAGUUCAACAGCCGGCUGGAGGCCAUCGGACUCAUAGCACUCACUAUAGCACUUUUCACCAUCUACGUCCUUUGGACACUGGUCUCGUUCCGCUACCACUGCCAGCUGUACUCGGAGUGGCGAAGGACCAACCAGAAAGUCCGCCUGAUGAUCCCAGCCUCGCGGAGCCCUCACCCCAUGCCCCACUCCCUCCUCUCCGCCAAGCUCAUGAAGAAGACCGCGGAUGAGACCACCGUCUGAGCCGUCCCGCGGCCGGCCAAGGUAGAGGGUCGAGUGUCGCCACAUGCCCAGGGAACGUGGCAGCUGUGGGGACACUGAAAAACAAUCAUCCCACCCAAAGGGACUCUGCACUCAGCACGUGCUUUAGACUUUGGCAAAGAGACACAUAAUCAACAUCUGUGUGUGAAAUGGCCCAAAAGAGCCCGAUGGCAGAAAAUGCCUGUCUGCAGGGACACUUUCCUAUAACGAAAUACUAUACAUGGAAAACAUCUCCCUCUCUCUAUACAUAUAUCUAUAUAUAAUAUUAUUUUUUAAUGGCCAUGCAUAUUGUGUUUCAAUCAUUUUGUUUUGAUGUUCUAAGCUUCAGGAUAGAAGCUGGCAACCUGAUCUCAUUUAGAGGUUAAAUCAAUGCCUUUUUUCCAAAUGAACAUAUGAAGAACAUUUUUCAUCAACCAUUCUUGAAAGCCCCCUUCUCCUUUGCACUAAAUUGGUUUUGAUAUACUGCAGCAACCUUCCUGUUACUCUUUGGUCUCUUUUGUGGUGUUCUGUCCUUUCUAGAAAGUUGAGUGUUUUUAAUAAUUAUUAUAAUCCCAGAAGGAGUAAAAUGACGCAAUACCGAAUGGAAACAUUUUGUAUUGUAAAGUACUGUAAUUUUGAGAAUUUCAAAAUCAGUUUCAGAAUGAGAGAAUCUUUUCCAGUGCAGACAUGAUCUCACAAAAUGCUUUCCUUGAGAUCCUGGCUCAUCCCCAGGACUCAGAUGCAGUCAGCUCUUGGUCUAUCUGGCAAAGGUAGAUGGAGGAUCCAAGGGUGGGGAGAGAUGGCUCCAUACUAGCUAAACCCACCAUUGCCUUUUGCUUUGAAAAGAUUGAGAAAGGAGCUUUCCUGGCCCCAGAAGAUGGGAGUUGGAGUCUCUGUUUGCUGAUGUCCUUUUGCCACCUUGAGGCUGGACCUCCCAUAGCAUCAGUUUCACACGUACCUUAGGGGACAGGCCAUGCCCUGUGGUGCUGGCAGGAAUGCAGGUGCUCUUGGCUGUCUCUGCGCUUUAUUUGCACAUUCCAGAGGAACUGCUGGGAUUGGGUUCAACCCUGGUAGUGCUGCCUGCCUGUGGGGCCGGUGUUCCUCCUCUUCUCACCUGUGUUUCCAGCACAUGCAGCUCUCAAAGCCCUCUGUCUCAGAGUGCCCCCUCUGCCAAGAAUGCCCCUGGUUUGGCUUUGGUCCUUGCCUCUGCCACCUCCUCACCCUGCCAGACAGUGCCCGUGCCUGGUGCUGAGCUUUCCCGAGCCUCCCGAGAGCAAGAGAGAGAGCCUCUCACAGGCUGGGAGAACGCUGGCGAGGACCCUGCCCUGCCACAUGGAGUGUGUGCAGCUGCUUUGCUGGAGCCUGGGCUCUGGCUCCAUGGUGGUGAGCGUAGAGAGCAGGCAGGAGGCAGGUUCUGAGGGGUCUGUGUCCUUGAAGGGGUGGGUGGUGGUCAUGUCCCUCUGCCCCUUUGCUGAAAGCAAGUGGAUCACUGCAAUGCCCUGCAAGAUGGAGAUCUGUAAUUUUCUGAAUUCAAAGCACCAUGUGCACUUCUUCCUCCUCUCUAGUUGCAAAGCAGGAUGUUUCCUUCUCUGUUCCCUCACCCUGAGCUGGAAGUUGCUGGUGGCCUGAGCAGCAGGGACCAGUGUGCCAUCUUGCCCAACGGGAUUGCUCCAACCCUGUGCCGUGGUCUCUGUCUGCUCUCCUCUAUCUCCUCUCCCAGGGUUCUGGUGCAGCUUGGGGAUACCCCGACACAUCUUGCAGCAGCUUCUCUGUGCCCUGAGGGCUGCUCUGAACUGGUCUCUCCUCCAAGCAUGAGGGGCUGGUGUGACUGCAGGGUGAAUCUCCUCUGCUACAGCCAGGCUGCACAUCUCUGCUCCUCUCUCUCGGCCAGAUGCCCGACUGUCCCUUCCCUUCUUCCACACACCCGUCUGCCCUUUUCCUAGUCAUGCACUCAUGCAGGGAUUACUCUGCUCCUGGUACUCUCGGUGGAGAGGCUGCAGCAGCCCAGCUUCAGUCACAGUCCCUGUUCCAGUCCCAUACCAUUCCCACGCAGGCGCUCCCUGCUCUGCAUACCCCUUCCAUAGCAGCAGGCUCUGCACCACUGCUCUGUGCCUUGUUCUGGGUGCCCCUUCCUUCAGCUGCUUCCCAACAACCCCCUUGUCAUCAGGACAUCACCAGUGAAGGAAAAUGGGGAUGGGGGUGUGGGGUGGUUUAACCUUCCCAGCCCUGGCUGCCUCCCAGGAGCUUGGCCCCACAAUGCACCAAGUUCUGGCAGGUGAUGAGGGAUGCUCUCUCACACAGCACAUCCCCAGGGUAAGGACUUAAUGAAGCCUGUGUUCCAGUUAGAAACCCACUGUCAAUCUAAAUAUGCAACUGUGAAAGCCAGGACCCCCUGGCUGGGGCAGUGGGGGCCCGGCAUUGGGCUGCUGUGUGGCCACAGCUGCACUCAGCAUCCUUGGCUUUAUUGUCAUUGCCAACAAUUGGAGUUGUUGCAUGUGCCCCUGCAAGACCCAAUAGUGACUCUUUGAGUCUUAUCCACCUCCCCAGAGGAGAUGUUCAGCUCGUGGAUGUGGGCAAUCGGUGUCUGACACACCACGUUCCAGUGCAUUCUGGGGAAACGGACUGUGCAAUGAUGUAAAUAAAAGUGA